AUGGACGACCAAAUCCGUCCCUAUGUGACAUUCACCGACGCCGACCGGUCGCUAGAUACCCCCUACCUGCAACUGGACAUCGAUAGCUCCCUUCGCUUCCUCUUUACUAUCCGGCGACUUCCGACUCACAGGGACCACGAUAGCAGACCGUGUCUGUUCAAGUGGAGCCCAGUUGGUGAUGGCUUCGUGCGUGGCGGAUUCAUCCUGCUCUGUCACGUCCCCUCCGCCGAUGGAGAUGGACCUGCCGAUGAGAGUAUCGCGCUGCAGAAGGUCGAGAUUGCACCAGAGCCCAAUUACAACCCGGCACUGGUCCAAUCUGGUUCUGUCCGCAUUACCAAGUGGACUCCGCGUCUCUGGGAGUUGAAGACGGGAGAGUCGAUAUCCUUUCAGUCUAGCUUGCCGGAGCACUGGGAACGGCAGCUGCGGCCGGGGGAGACGUAUGAACUGCUCUGGCCGGGGGGCACGAUUGGGCUGUGGGACUGGGGGUCGAAGCAGGAGCGUCUCGGGCAGGAGCUGAGGGCUUGUUCAGAGACGGGGAGGGAUGUCUUAGUAUUACCAGGGGGAGUGCGUACGCUCUUCUCGGUACGGAGUGUGCCUUCUCUUCCAGUGCCCAGGGCAUCUCCAGAGCCUGUUCGGGAUGAGGAUCGUGUGCCUGGAGCCCCCAUUCUCAGCGUGGAACUGCAAUGUCCUCCCACGAUCCAUCGCCAGGUUCCCUACCAGGUCACCGGAAAAGUCCACUACCACCCCUCUAUAUCACAGAAGGCAAAGGCAAUUACAUUCCACACCGUGAUCUUUCACCGAUUCAUAGUGGCAAAUGACUGCUUCCAACUCUAUCGACGCAAAGGGGCAGACCUCGAACCAAUUGACACCGACGACCCUCACGACGCAUACAGAAUCUACGAUGAUCCGGACGUGCUCGUCAACGUCACCGGGCACGAUAAUUUCACCACUCUCCGACCGGGGGAAUCGUGGGCGUUUUCACGGUAUAUCCAGGGACGGAGCUGGACGUAUAUUCCCCGCGAUGCGCAUGUUGGGGAGACGUUCUGCGUGCAGUACCAUGGGGGCACCGUCAACUGGUGGGAUUGGGGCGGGAAGGAGGACCAUGCCGGCACGAAGGUGACUUUAUCCAGUUCGAUAUGUGGACGGGUAGUCGACCCGGCAGAUAAUGGGGGGAGACCGCGGUUGGUAAUUCCGGCAUCGAAUAUAGUAGAGUUCACCUUGGCCGGUUCUGACUGA